AAGAUUUCUCGCCAUGCCCGCAAGAAAAGUGAAGAAAAUAUGGUGAUAUAUAUCGUUGGUUGAUUAGACGACAUAACGGUAGACAGCCUUGAUGUAAGAAAGCCAUGAGUGACCUGGUUGACAUUGAGAUCACCAAGGUGAAGUCUCCCGCUUUGUUUUAUGCCAAAGUGGUUAGAGACUUGGAGUCAUCAGAAGGUUUGUCAUUCCAGCAGCUGGAAAAGUCUAUCAAUGACUUUUUCAACAGUGAGAGUCUAUACUUGCCAAAUUACAUACCUAAUGAGGGUGAUAUAUGUAUUGGGCGUCGGGUGUCAGAUCGUUGUUGGUGCCGGGUCCAAGUAAAGGGAGUGCUUUCCAGGAGAAGUGGACCUGAAGGAAGGUGCUUUUUUCUAGAUUAUGGCAUCUCAGAUUUCAUACCACUUAAAUGGUUCAGAAAGGCCUCAAGUGACUACCUACAAGUGCCCUACCAGGUGAAGAAGUUCUGUUUGUACGGUGUGAAGGCUCUGACCCUAGCUGUGGAAACAGAGGACCUUACCUUCAAAGAAGUGGUGUCUGAAUUCUGGGAUACCUCAGCAGUGACAUUGAUGAACCAGGUUGUCAAAGAGAGUCAUAGCACGAAGGCACGCUUCAGGUGUGUGGAUCGGGACGAUGUUCACCAUGUAGAUAUCUACUUCAUCUCCCCCAAACAAACCAUCUGGCUCAACGAAGAGUUUGUCACUCUCAAGUAUGCUGCCUGGUGCAAUCCAGAACAAACUUUAGCAGAUUCCGGGGAAGCUGUCAUACAGAAACUGCUGAAACACACAAAGACAUUGGAGAGCAGUCUCUAUGGUGAUGGGGGAAACAGGACAAAGAAACCUCUGUCGGGUAGCUGCAGUGAUACUGAGAGUGGCAGGAGAACGUUAUUCUCUCCUGUAAAACACUCCCUCAAUAGUACUGUACCAGUGGUGGAGAGAAUGAAGCGCCGAGGAAUACAUCAUUCCGUGGCUGACCAAAUCACCAACAGCAUUUCAAACUUGUCAUCUCAGAAUGUUUCGGGCACUCUAGCUGAGGGAGAUCAUGUUAAAAAGAGCCAAAAGAACGAUCUAAAAAGGAAGCCUUUUACUAUUACUGAAAUCAGGGAGAGAAAGAAAUUGUGUGAACCUUCUGUGUGUAGUGAUUCUGAAAUUGUUUAUAAUUCAUCACCCUUUCAUCAGAAAUCCACAAACAGCAUUCAGGCAUUGACUUCUGUAGGUAUAUUGACAUCAUCAGGAACACCAGUGUCGCCCAUCUGCUCUUCUGCCCUGGAUAAAAGUAUCGAAAGACUUAGCAUGUCACCGGCUUCAUCUAACUCCUCCCUAACCUCACCUAUUGUUUCAAAAAAUUUCAUGUUAGGAAGGCUAAUAAGUGUGAUAUCUCCCAAGAAGAAGGAAUCCACUGCCACCAAUGAUCUGGGACCAACUAAAACUUCAAUUAAGACCAACACAAGCAAGUUAUUGCACAGUGAGCUCAGCCUUCCACUGACACCGGCACGGCUUCCGAAAUCAGCCAUGCGAUCAUCUGCUUCAGAAAGUGAUCCUGAUAAUUCAAGAGUACAAGUUUCCCGCCAGAUAUCUACCUCUUCAAGUAAAAGUAGUGGGUCAGCUUCAUCAGAAGAGGAUAAACUUGUCAGUGAUAUUAAGAAGUCUAUCCUGAAGAAAUCAUCAAGUUCUGUAUUGCUGAAUGACAAGCCUUCCGUCAGAUUUCGGGAUAGUGAAGCUUUAGCUGAAACUCAUGCUAAGAAAACACAAAUGAUGGGUCGGCUCACUGGUAAAAAUGCAGGCCAAAGGUUAUUGGACAAGCUGUGUGUGGGAGUGGGUUCACACUCGAUGGGGAAGAAGCCUGGGGAAGAGCCUAAUUUGAAUGAUGACGGAGUGCUGGUCCACAGUGAAGACCCACUCAAGCCUAUCUACAACAUCCACGACACACCACUGGAUCCCAUCAUUAGAGAGGGCCUGGAUAACUAUGGCAUUGUGGCACCAAAGUUCGUACAGUGUUACACCUGGCCGGCACUCUUGAGAGGACGCAAUGUGGUGGGUAUUUCGCCCAGCGGGUCAGGGAAAACAUUCGCCUACCUUGCCCCGCUCCUCACUGAUCUCCUCAAGCCAUCCAACUACAAGGACAUUCCCACCGGCAAUGGGCCGUACGCCAUUAUAUUGGUGCCUUUCUGGAAGAGUGCCCAGAUGGUGUAUGAUGUGACCAAAAUACUUCUGGGGAACAGUCGCUCCUUCCGUGUGCUAGUCGCCUAUGGAGGGGGGAACGAGGAGAAUCAAGUGGUACCAUUGAUCAAUGGGUGUGAACUACUGAUAACCACCCCACGUAGUUUAUCUCGCCUCCUGCAGCAGAAGUACACCCAUCUGGAACGCCUCUGUCACGUUGUUAUAGAUGAUGCUGAGAUUGUUCUUGAAGAGUUCAGGGAAGAGAUUCAGGACUUCAUGAUCAGCUAUUCCCGGGUUGUAGAGGAGCAUGUGGAACGCUCCGCCCCUCGUGAGGUACUGGUGUUCAGUUCACGCUGGUGUAAUAUGGUCAACUCUUUUAUCGAUGCAUUCAUCCCCGACCCCACCCUCAUCAUCACCUCUCGUUUCGAAGCUGCAAUUUACGGCCGUGUCAAACAGAUACCGCUGCUGUGGCGGACAGACCAGCUGGUGUCCCAGUUCCUGGAGCUGGUCAACUCCCUGGCACAGGAAAACAGCAAGAUGAUCAUCUUCUGUAGCAAUGUCAACACCACGCUUCACAUUCACAAGUUGUUAAAGAGUCGCUCCUUGUACUCUUUAUUGACUCAUGACAAAAUGGACACCCUGAUGCUGGAGCAGAUUGGAGGGGAGUGGGAAGGUCCCUCAGACAAAGGAAAGAUUCUCAUUUGUACGGACGAGAGUGUGGAGGAAUUGAAGAUUGUGGAUGCUACAGCCAUCGUCCAUUAUGAGCUGCCUUCCUCGAAGACAAAGUUUGGGAAUAGGCUCUCUACCAUGAGCAAGUACUAUCACAACUCCUCCAGCAAGGAAAAGAUUAAUAUAGACCCAACAUCCUACAUCCUUAUCACAGAAGAUAGUGGUCGCCAAGUGGAAACUAUUCUACAGCUCCUCAAGAGGACGAAGAGCAAAAUCCCACGUAACCUCUACUCUAUGGUCAUGGGACUGAACCAGGAAAAAAACUGUGAUGGAGACAAAGACUUGUGUGUGGCCCUGAAGGCUUACGGUUCAUGCAGGUACCAGAACAAAUGUCCAGCUCGACAUGCCCUGUUACCAGAGGUGGAUUGUAAAGCUACUCAACAGCCACUCAACAGUGGCGAGGUCAAGGUGUUAGUUACCAAUGUGGUGGACGCCAGUCAUUACUUUGUGAGGUUGUUAGAACACAGACCUCCCACAGGAGACAAGGUGGAUACUUCAAUGACCAUGCUGGAUCUAAGAUUUAAAAUGGCCGAGUGGUUUGGAGACCUCCAGCACAGAUCCAAAUAUAGCAGCUUAUGUAUUGGAGAGAUGUGUGCUGUGUCAGAGGACGAGGAAACAUACCACAGGGUGAAGGUUUGUGAUAUCACAGGUGUGAACUCACCAGGAGAUCGGAUCAAGGCAGAGCUGAUGUUUGUUGAUGAUGGCAGAAAGAGUUUUGUUUCACCAAAUAAACUAUACAAUCUACCUCCACAUCUCAGGGAUGUUCCCUACCAGGCAUUGGAGGUGUUCAUCUGCCGAGUACAGCCGGUCGACCUGGAUGAAAAAUGGACAAGCAAGGCAAGUAUGUUUGUGUAUGAUCUACUGGACAAGAAGACCAUGGACGGAAGAAUAGUCCUCAGGAUUGGUAAUACUCUGUGGCUAGACCCUCUGGUGGAAAGGGUGUAUCUCAGUGACCUCCACGCAUACUGCACCAACCUGUUUGUACGUUCAGAGCUCCUCAAAAAUGGCUUUGCCGUCAACAAUUCCAAUCACAUGCAGCUCUUGUAUGACCUUUGCAAGGGCAAAAUAGAGGUCCCCAAACUCAACCUUCAGUCAGACAGGUCAGAGAAGAAGAAUGAGGUGGAAAUUUUACCCGAGUCUAAGGAAUACCACGAUGUCCACCUAUCUGCAGUCAAUUCUCCAACCCUAAUAUAUCUCCAGAGGAGUGACACCUUCAAAUUGUUGGAGAAGAUGAACGAUGAGAUCAAUGAGAGAAUGAAGAAUGAAGAGCUGACAGGGAUGAAGAUCAUCAGUCUGAAGACAGGAUCUGUGUGUCUGGGCAAGUGGGACGAUAUGUGGUACAGGGUGCGUAUAUUGGAAGAGUUGGAGGACAACAUGGUGGAAGUAUUCCAUGUUGACUUCGGGGAUUCAGAGACAGUGUCAAGGGAUAGCCUUCAAAAGAUCCCACAGGAAUUCCUGGAACUGCCCUUUCAGGCCAUAGAGGCAGGACUGUCCUAUGUUGCACCACAGGGUGAGACGUGGGAAGAAGCUGCUGGGGACCUUAUCUGGGACCUUGCUCACUUCGUGACCAAUGACAUGAAGGUCCUCGCUGCUAAGGUGGUGACUAAGCAGUAUGCAAUGAAUGCUGGUAACCACAAGUACUAUGUUGAGCUGUAUGAUAGAUCUACCUACUUUGAUGUGAACCUGGCUCUGGAGCUGGUGUGGUCGGGAUAUGCUACUCCCACUGAAGAUUCUCCCUACCAUGUAAAGGAACUGUUUUCACCACCUCAAGAAAAACAAUUCUUCACUAUUCCCAUCCUGAAGCUGCUAGACCUGUGCAGCCAGAUCUAUUGGGGCAAGGGAGAUUGCAAAGCUGAGGCAGCGGGCAAAGAGAUCCUCAAAAUGGUCACAACAUGUGCUAAAAGUAAGCCCCUCAACCUGGUGGCCUAUGGGGGUCUGAAGGCUAUCAUCAAGCUGAUAGGCCGAGUGGGGUAUGAGGACAUCCAUCGGUGCCUGCUGGACAGUCUCACCACUGCAGCAUCCAAGCAUGACAGAAUAUGUGAAGAAAUAGUAGAACAAGAUGGAUGUGUUGGCAUAGUGAACAGUUUAGAACGGACCAAUAAGCCAUGGUUACAAGAACAGGUUCUAGUUGCCAUGGGGAAGUUGCUGGAUACCAGUAUCAGGUUUAUGCCCUGUUUUGAAGAUGAGAGAGUUGUACUGACACUGUGUGAGCUGUUAGACUCCACAGACAAGUCCAAGGUACAGACAGCUUUAUGUUACACCCUGAGGAAGAUGUGCCGGCUAUCUGAGGCGGUGUUACUGAUGACCUUUGACAACAAAGUUUGCUCCAGACUUGUUAACUGUCUUGGAGAAGGAGAAAAAGAGGUUGACCCUGAUGUUACCACAGCAGCCCUGGAGCUCUUGGAUACACUACUCGAAAAGGAUGAAAAAAAUGAGGAUUCUCUAACUAAACCAAAGGUGGUUAAGUGUGUGGUGGGCACCCUGAAGGGUACGGAGGAUGAGACGUGUAUAUUGUGUGGAUUAAAGUACUGUAAAUACUAUGGAAACCUAAACAGAAGAAACAAGACCACACUUCUACAGCUGGAGCUAGUACCUGUCCUCAACAAGUUACAGAGCCUGACUCACCUGUCCUCGGUCAUCCAUGACAUGUGCUUGGACCUGAAGUCUAGCCUCAUUGUCAAUGUCCAGUCCUCACAGACCAUUAAGAACACACCAAUUGACCAGUCCAAAGCAGCAAGUAGUCAAGUGGACAGCAUCCUUCCACAAGUGUUGUGGUCUGAGAACAUCUUCACUGUCAGACUCAGUAUCAAGGUGGUGGGCGUCAACCCUAAGUCUGAUCCUGUACAAACCACGGAGAACUCAAUCUGUUUCAGUGCAUUGGUGGAUGGUAAGGUAUACGUGGUGGAGUACAUCCUGUACGACUCUAUCUUACCUGCCCGUAGUCAGGUGAAGGUUAGCUCUGGUGAAGUGACUGUCAUCCUACGCAAGAAUCAGAAGGGGCGCUGGCCUCGACUCAUCAAACUUAAGGCCAAGCCAGCCAACCUGAUGUACGACUUUGACCGGUAUGAGGACAGCUCUUCUGCUGAGGAGGAGGAGGAGGACUGUGGUGAGGAUGUGCCAGGCCCAGCCAGGAAAAGUAAAAAGCAACGCCUGCCGAUGGGGAUCUCGGCAGAGAGGCAACAGCAAAUAAUGCUACGUCAUCGACUGGAGCAGGACGGCUCCUUAACAUCAAGCGAUGAAAAUGUCGAUAUCCCUAAGGAGUACAAUCCCUAUGAUAUCUUUGAUGCGGAGCAUUAAAACGUAUCUGUAGCUGUGUUUGGUGCUGGGCGAUAGUCACAUAUUGUACAGUGUGUUGAAGCUGACAGUGAGAAAUACGGGUGAAAUACUACCAGAAAACAAUGUGGACGCAUUAUACGGGUGUUAAUUUUAAAGAUGUUGAACAGCAUUUUUCUGACUUGUUAAACGGCCCAGUGUGUCGUAUUUACAGACCAAAUUCUCCUGAGUGUGAUAUGUGCCUUAUCGCAAUGUUGUAAAACUAAAGCAAUAUCAUCAGAGUGUUACUUCAUUUUCAAGAAAGUUCCAGGAUCCACUGUGCUGAUCAUCAAGUAACAUUUUACCUUUUGUUUUUGUUGUGAUUUCCCUAAUUUGGAGUAAUUAGGAGAAAUUUGACGUUCAAGACAGAGUCUUGUCAGAAGUCACAGUGACAUUAUUUUGACACUUUGUGACUGAAUGAAGUUGCAUUUUACGAUUAGUUUUUAUUUACCCUGACAUGUUUGAUAAGUUUUACUAGUAUUUUAAUCAUGCUAAGUCAUAGGCAGCAUUAUGUUAUGAAGAUGUUAAUUUUAUUUUGCAUUAUAGGAACUUUACCAAGUGAGAAUAAGUAGAUUUAGUCUAAAAGAAUCUAUCAUAUAAUGUUAAAGGGAAUAAAUAACUUUUGAUACAUGGUGUAGAAAUGGAGUGAAACCUGGGGCUUUCUGAGAUUAUGAGCUUAAUUUCUACACCUAAGGGUGUAAUUUUCCUAUCCCUAUACCUGCAUAAUGGAAUGCAGGUACAUGUAUAAGGGAUAGGGGGAAGAGAAUCAUAUCAGAGCAGAUUUUCUAGAUAAUAUACAAAUUAAAAAAGGAAAUCUUUUUUUUUUAAGAGCAUGAAAAUGUUUAGUAUACCAGAGGUAAACAGCAGUUUGUGAAAGCUUCGAUUCGCCACAAUCUUUUUUAUAAUGGUUGAGGCGAUAUCAGAUGCUGACUGUGCUAUGGUAGUAAAUAUUAUUCUGCUGACGUAAAUGACAAUUUAAUGAUGUCAUGUUAAAGAGCACCAGUUAAUCAUUUGUUUUUAUGCCCUCCCUAGGUGGGAUUCUGAAAAAUGUAUUUCUAUCAUAAAAAGCUCAAGGUUUACCUAGGAUUGUCUUAGGUGUUUCAGGAUUUGAAUCACUGAAUAUCUAUACCUCAUUACAAGCAGUAGAUUGUAUUUCUCACCUUGUUACAGUACUUUGGGAUAUUUUGGAUGUUCUUGUAUUUUGGUUUAUAUGGGACUUGGAGUAAAUAAGAAAAAAUUAAACCCACCAAAAUUUCACGAUGCGGAAAUAUAUCGUCACAACAUUCAGAUAUAAGCAGACUGCUUUCCAACUAAUUUAUUAUGCAUCAUUUACUAAUUACAAAUGUAUAACUUCCGUGAGCGAAACUUAAGCGAAUGCUACAUUUUUCGGGCAGGAAUGGUUUACUGCAUAAACACAUCAGAAAAGGUUUGUUUUCAUCUGAAAGUGUCGUAAUUUUGCAAUGUUUUCAUACUGUAAUUGUAUUAGUUGUGUUCCAGUGUAUAAAAAUAAAUCACAGUGUGUUA